AUGGCCAACCCACCACGAUCACAACAGGUGCCACAACAUGUCACCGCACUGCUCUCCCAUUUGACUUCCCGACCGGGCGUACAAUCCACCCUGAUUCUCUCCCGCAAAGACGGCUCCAUCAUUCAAAGUACCGGUCAACUUGCCAUCCAGGAGGGUAGUCAAUCUCGCCCUGCUCCUAUCACUGUCCCUCCCACCGAACCCGUCGCAUCAUCUCAACCCUCCGACUCCACUCCUCCUUCUCCCGGUGCACCGGCUCCAUCUACAUACCAACCUUCGCAGACAGAGGCACUCGCCGCUCACAUCUUUGCCUUUGUUUCAAGCGCCUCUGCGCUGGGCGUUUCCCUCUCGCGACCUGUAUCUCAGACUCAGCAAUCAAGCGAGAAUCAUACAUCGACCACUACAGGUCUGGACGGGGAAUACGGAUCUUAUGGCACAAACGGAACCAGUACACCACGGGAGGAGGACCGAGACGGCGACAGUCUUAGUCGGGAAGAGGACGAAGAGGUGAAACUGCUGCGGAUGCGUACUCGGAAACACGAGAUUGUCGUUGUGCCGGAUCGCAAGUAUCUGCUCUGUGUUGUGCACGAUGCCUCGCAUGCGAGCAGUGGUCCUGGCACUGGGGUUGGUCGGUCUCGGUAA